UCUGGACAGGAUCCUGAAAAAUUUUUCCUUAGUUUGGAAUUCGUGAUUUGUGCGAUCUCAGGGGCAAUUCCGCACAAGGUUUUGGUCACCGGAACUGAUCCAGCUCUCGUGCCCCUUCCGUUCCACAACUUUUAUUUUAUUUAUUCAAAAAAAUUAAAAAUAUACAACGAAAAAUUUUUUAAUUUUUUAAAUAUUUAUUAGCUAAUUUUCAGAAUGUUUCUUUCACUUGUAACAAUUCUUCAAUUAUUCUUUAUUUCUGCUAAAUUUGAUAAAAUGACAAAAAAUAUCCAAAUAACUUCAGAAGACGAAAAAUUAAGAGACCGAGAAGGGUAUUUGGCAAUAAAGGCAAUUCAUGGAGUUUUGGAUAAUGACCAGUCUGGGUCUAUUGAACGCUAUGAAUCGGCAGAUUUUUUGACAGAAGAUUUAAAAUUUGGCGAAUCUGAACGCGAAAAAAGAGAAAAAGCUUUUCAUGGGAACGAUGAGUCAAUAACUGUUGAUGAUCUUUGGGAUGCUUGGUUUCAAUCAGAUGUUAGAGAAUGGGACGAAAAACAAGUAAUCGAUUGGCUGGUAAAUGGUGUGAAAUUGCCUCAAUAUGUCAAUAAUUUUAUGAGGGAAGGAAUUACUGGAAUUGAUUUUCCAAGAUUGGCAGCUCAAAAUUCAUCAAUAUUUAAUUCUCUGGAUAUCAAAAAUUCUGUUCAUCGUCAAAAACUUCAAUUAAAAGCUUUGGAUUUAGUUUUAUUUGGAUCUCAAGAUUCUUCUUCUUUAAUUAAAGAUAUUGCUUUGGCUAGUCUACUUAUUUGUCUAAUUAGUUUAUUGAUUAUAUUCAAAGCAUACAAAAAUAGAGCAAAAAAACAAAUGGAAGAAUUAUCGACAAGAUUGAGUAAAUUGAGGGAUAUGGAGACUGAUUUUGAGGGAGUACAUCAACAACAAAAAUUUGAAGAAGAAAAUAAAGUUCAACAGCAACAUCCUACUGAAGAUAGCAAUGGAGAGGUUAAUGCAGCAAAAGGAUAUAAUUAUAAUCCAGUUUUGGAUUUUGAAAAUGAGCAAAAACUUUUGGGUGUUGGAGGAGGUGAUUUAAGUAUUGGAGGGAUGGAUGGAGGAGAACAUUUCUUUUUUCUUCAAACUUUGCUUAGGCGAACUUAUGAAAUUGAAUCGGCAUAUUUAGACAAACAACGGACAGAUUGUUUGUUAGAAAUGCGUGAAGCAAUGGAAUUAGUUGAUAAAAUGAGGAAAAAGCAAAGUAGUAUAGUAAAUUCAUUAAAAUUGGCAACUGGAGCUACUUCUGGAACUGAUGAUAUUGAUACAAAAAUUUUUAGUUUAAAAGCUAGAAUGGAAAAAAUUAAGCAAGGAAUUGAAGAAUUGGUGCAAAGAUGGAUGAAAAUUGAAUCUCUUUGUGGUUUUUCGAUUACUGGACCUUUUGGAGUUGUCCAAUCUCUCGAAACAAAUCCAAUUAUGGGAAUUAAACAACUUGAAAGAAUGCGCCAACCUCAAUUACAACAACAACCACAAUUACAUAAUAACACUUCUUGUUUAGAUGAAUACCCUCCAACAACAAUUACUAAUGGAGGAGAUAUCCAACAUCAUGAAAAUGACCCUCAUUUUAACUUUGGAUAUAAGCAACCACCACCGCCAACAACAAAUUCAUCAUCAUUUACACGACCUUUAUCAAGACAAAGUGCAAGUACUUCACUGCUUAGUGUUGAUUCUUCUUUACCCACUAAAACUAAGCGAAAUAGAUUUAAACAAUUAUUUAGGCGUAAAUCUAAAAUUCAAAAUUGA